GCAAGUUGCACAUGGGGGAAAUGCGCGCAUGUGGGCCCGUGUGAUUGAUGGAUCCCCUUUUCCCACGGGAGAUCUCGACUUGCGCGCGCGUGCUGCGUGCUCCCUCCCUCCGUGCCUGCUGCUAUCAUCACAAGGAAGGCGACGGAACGCAAUAUCGACAGUGGCCUCUUGCACCCACCCACACAGGGAGAGAAGACUUCGCCCCUUCACCCUGCAAGUCUUCCCACCCAAGUGGUGCUGAACAAGAGUACAGAGAAAUGGCUCUGACAGAGGUCGAGCACGGUCGCCAAAAGGCCUUCGCUCAGCUGAAACCCCUGUGCGUUCGCAUUCUGCAACCCGCUGUCUUUACAACAAUACGGCGCGAUGAAACAAAUCCCCUCAUCUCCUUGUCAAAACAGCUGAAGAGCAUAGGGGCAUCCGAUAACGGCUCACAGAUCCUCGAAGCCGUGUUCGACUACGUCUGCUUUCCCUUGAUGCAAUUAUUCAAGUAUCCGUCACCUUCGACAAUCGCUGUAGAAGGCGCUCUGGACUGCAUACUAUGUCUGUUACAGAACACACGCGAGGAUUUCAUGCCUCUGGCAUUAUAUAGGGACCUGCUGGUCGCACUGCCAUACCUGAUAUCCCGCGGGCGUAUUGGAAAAUCAGCAAAGGAAGCAGAAACAACACCUGAGGAACUUAAACAGCUGGGCGUUCAGUGCCUCGCCCAGAUGCUGAGACGUGUGACCGUACCGACCGAUGCCAUGGACGCCAAAUUUCUGGCCGAUGCUGCGGAAACCAGUACCACAAAAUACCUCUGCAAACCCGAGUAUCAGCCAACACUGGCGCAUGUAGUGGUCGUGCUUGUGGAUAUCAUCGACAAGGAACGCCACACCGAUUUGCGAUUAGCUGCGCUCGCGGUCAUAUCGGAGCUGGUGAAGAAGGUCUACGAUGCAGAUCAUGUCGCCCAAUUCCUGCCCGGAGUGAGCUCUACGCUAGUGAAGGUCUGCCUUCGAGACGAGAAACAAUCGCAUCGAAUAAUAGUCGCAUCGCUCGCGGCAUUUGCAGACAUCAUCAGACACACCAUGAACAAUGAAGAUUGCAGGGAUCUGAUUCCGAGGAAACAGAUCGGGUGGACAGAUUUGGUAUCGAUCGCUGAGAAAACGAGCGAGCUACCACUGAAAGAAGAGGGCGCAGUGGCAUUCGCAAUGCCAUCACCACCUCAACGCGGUAUCACAACCAAACGGGAUAUAGCCUGGUUCAACGCCUCCUCCACCCGUCUCACCACCCUCAUCACCAAUCUCUUCACAAUCCGGCACCACGAUCACUAUAAAGUCCGCCAAGCAUUUAUCACCCUGUCCGCAGACAUCAUCACCCAUUCCGGCCAAUCCCUCGCCACUUCCAUCCCCAUCCUCGUCGAAACCUUAGUCGGCUACGUCAACGACACCGUCCCGCAAGUCUCAAACGAAGCAAAACACAAACUCGACACAGCAGCCAGCACCCUUUACCACCAAUCCACGCUCGUCACGAUGCUCAAGCGCAAUUUCUACAGCAUGCUCGAGUCCCUGCCCCGCCUGAUCAUGCAGGCGGACGACAGGAAGAAGUUGGAGGCGCUGAAUAUAGUCAAUGGAUACGUGGUGCUGUUGAAGACGGAAAUACGGCCGUCGUUGAAUGCGGCGAUCCACAGGUGGUCGAUUGGGGUGUUGAGGGUUGCAACUAUGGAGACGGCGGAUGUGAGGUUGGUGGAGGAUCGGGGGAAGGGGUAUGAGCUUGAUCGAUUGGCGGCGGGUGAUGAAUCACCAGCCUCCGAAACUGGCGCAUCCACACAGCUGAAAGCCAGGGCGGAAUCUCUACACUUUCCACGCAAACAUUUCCUCUACUUCCGCGACGACCGCGUCGAAGCCGCCCUUUCACAGAUGUGCCGUCUCAUAGGUCGGUACGGCGACAUGGCCUUUCUCGCAUCCCAUUUCCUCAACCAUAUCAAGAGCGAAGGGAUUGAAGAUUUUCAGGCACAGGCCACCUUCGUGUUGAAUGAGAUGCUACUCGGAGCCGCGGGAUCAGGGAUCGAUCAAAUGUCAUCAGAGGACAUUGGCAACAUUGGCAAACACGCUUCGCAAGCAAUCAAGUCAAUCGCGAAAUCGGUAACCCAAGACCUCCUCCAGUGCUCCACCUGGACCCACCCCACCAACCUCACCAACCAAACCUUCCGCCAAACUCUCACCUCCACCUCCACCUCCACCCCCACCCACCAAGGCAGCAUAACCCACUUCAACACCACAAUCCUCAAACAAACGCUCCUCCUCGAAUCCCUCGCCACCACCUCCCACAUCCUCGGCCCGGACAUGCAGGUCCUGCUCAUGGACACCCUCUACACCCUCCUCUCCAAAAUCGGCGACUCCAACCGCGUCGUUAGCCAUACCGCCAUGACCGCCCUCCACUCCAUCGCACUAUCCCAAUCCUACCCACGCACACCACCCUACACACACAUACCCAACGGCGCGGUGAUUGAACUGAUACUGGAUAACAUCGACUACAUCGUCAAUGCGGUCUCGAGGCAUCUACGGUAUUUGUCAACCAACCCGGACGCGCCUGUCGUGUUACGAGCCGCGAUCAGGACGGCUGGGGUGGGGAUCGUGCCCUAUAUGGCGGACUCGGUAGAGGAGGUGCUGGAUGCGGUGGAUGCGUGGUAUUUGAGGAGCGAGGGGAUGGUUCAGGCGCUGGUGGGGGUUUUGGACGCGUUGGUGGAGGUUAUGGAUGAUGGGGGUGUGGAUGUUGUUGGGGAGAGUGAUGAGCAGAGGGAUGUAGGGACGGGGUUGAAGGGGUUGGAUGCUGCGAGGGAGAGCGUGAGCGACAACCCGGAGUUCAAGGGGUGCUCACGGGAGAUGAUUGAGUUCUAUCUGGAAUUCGCACCAUCCGCGGAAUCGAAACCGGGGAAUAGUGAUGAUACCGACGAACCCCUCACCCGCGCCGCCGCCGCCGAAAAGUUCUUCAAAGACCGCGCAGAGGGUCUUAACCCCUUCACCGGCGAAUCCACCACCCCCCCCUCGCAAAAUCCGCCCCGACCUCCCCACCCACCCCCCGCAACCCCCUCGGACCCCACCCCGCCACCCCUCCCACCCCACCAACAGCUAACCCUCCUCAUCCUCCCCAAACUGCCCCCCCUGCUAACCCACCCCUCCCCCACCCUGCGCCACGCGGCCCUCACCCUCCUCCAACGCUCCCUCCGCAUCCUCCGCCCAACAACCCACCUCAACACCACCAUCCACACCUUCUGGCCCAUCGUCGUCAAACGAAUGAGCGACACCGAACACUGGGUCGCGACCGAGGCGAUGCGGUGCGUGGGGCUCAUAGCCGCGCUCGCCGGCGGGUUCGUAGCCAAACGCGUCGGCGAGGAUAUCGUGCCGCGGUACGCGAAGAUGAUGGGGGCGUCAGAAGCCGUCGGCGGGCAACACAACAACAACCCCACCGCCGCACACCGCCGACACGAGGGGACCACGCACUCCCCCCGGCACAGGCUGCACCUCACGGCGCUGCGGACGGUCAGGUCGCUGGUCCCGCACGUCGCGCUGCCGGCGUCCGCGAUCCGCACCCUCGUCGACGCGACACUCCCCUUCCUCAACGCCACGGCGUACCACGCGGAGGUUGUGCACGCCGCCACCGCGUUGCUGACGACGCUGGCAAGCGAUCCCGCCGCCGCGGAUGCCGUGUACUUGCCCCUGUGCGCCUGCUUGGGGGCGAGAGGUGUCCGGCUUUGCGGAGGGCAGCGUGAGCACGCGGUGCCCGGGUGGAUGGUGGAGAAGUGGAGGGCCAAAGGCGGCUGCGAGGCGUUUUUGGAGGCGGGGGUGCAGGUGUUGCGCGCUGUGGAUGGCGAGGCGUGGGAGGUGACGGAGGGGUGGGUCAAGGGUGGGGAGGGGAGGGUGCAGGUCUUUAGGUAG